AGCGUUGGGGCUUCCUGAAAAAAACUAAACACAUUGUUAAUAUCUUCUUUUACUGUAACAUCAUAUUUAUCCAGCCUGACGGACCUUGUUUGAAAGGGAAACUAUUGGACGCGCGGCCGGUGAGCGCCGCAGUUAUUACGUCAGCUUGCGGGGUGCAGGCAAUGAGACAGCUGGAAGUUCUACACCAUCCGGUAGACUCAACCGAGACAGCAGGACGUCAGAGCAACACUGCGACUGGGGUCGUUUUGGAUCAAAUUAAACAAGAGAUUCAUUGUUUCCUGUUUCAAUCCUUGAGAUUGAAGACCAAAUAUAGGAAUGGUGUUCCGCGGCACAAUAACCGAUGCGCCAGACUUUGAUCCCAGCGUGGAUGCUGAGACUCUCUACAAUGCUAUGAAAGGCAUCGGCAGCGACAAGGAAGCCAUCUUGGAUUUGGUCACAGGCAGAAGCAAUGCUCAGAGACAGGAAAUUGUAAAGGCGUACAAGUCUAGCUAUGGGAAGGACCUGAUAGAUGACCUGAAGUAUGAGCUAACAGGGAAGUUUGAACGCCUCAUAGUCAGUUUGAUGAGACCCCAGGCCUACCAUGAUGCCAAAGAGAUCCACGACGCCUUAAAAGGGGCAGGAACAGAUGAGAAAUGCCUUAUUGAAGUCCUGGCGUCCAGAAACAACCAACAAAUCCACGCCCUAGUCGCAGCGUACAAAGAUGCGUACGGCUCAGACCUUGAAGAGGACAUUAUUGGAGACACUUCAGGGCACUUUAAAAAGAUGCUCAUUGUUUUACUGCAGGGAACCAGAGAUGAUCCAGGAUUGGUAUAUCCUGAGCUUGUGGAGGAAGAUGCUCAGGCUCUGUAUGACGCCGGAGAGGCACAGUGGGGAACCGAGGAGUCCAUAUUCAUUAUGCUGCUGGGAAACCGCAGUGUUACCCACCUCCGGAUGGUGUUCGACAAGUACCAGGAGAUAGCAGAGAAGGCCAUCGAGGACAGUAUCAAGAGUGAGCUGUCCGGGGACUUUGAGAGGCUCAUGCUGGCCAUAGUCCAGUGCAUCAGGAGCGUACCCAUGUAUUUUGCCAAGCGUCUCUACAAGUCUAUGAAGGGUCUAGGCACCCAGGACAACACUCUGAUCAGGAUCAUGAUCUGUCGUUCUGAGAUCGACAUGCUGGAUAUCCGGGAGUGCUUCCGUAUGGGCUAUGAAAAGUCCCUGUACAACAUGAUCAAGGAAGACACAUCAGGAGAUUACAAAAGGACUCUGCUCGCCCUGUGCGGAGGAGACGAUGACCUAGCGGGAGAGUUCUUCCCAGAGGCUGCUCAGCUGGCCUACAAGAUGUGGGAAAUUAGCUCCAUGACCAAAGUUCAGCUCAGACCGACCAUUCGUCCUGCCAGUGAAUUUGACCCGGCUGAUGAUGCCCAGAACCUGAGGAAAGCCAUGAAGGGCUUCGGCACAGAUGAAGACACGAUUAUUAACAUAGUGGUUAACAGGAGCAACGAGCAGAGACAGGAGAUCAAACAGGUCUUCAAGUCUCUCCUGGGCAGGGACCUGAUGAAAGACCUGAAGUCUGAGCUCUCGAAGAACCUAGAGAGACUGAUCAUCGGUUUGAUGCUAACACCCGCCGAGUUUGACGCCAAGAUGAUGAGGAAAGCUAUAGAGGGGGCGGGGACAGAUGAACAUGCUCUGAUUGAGAUCCUAGUAACCAGGACCAAUGAACAAAUCCACGCCAUGAAUGCCGCCUACAAGCACGCAUACAAGAAGAGCUUGGAAGAAGCUAUCCAGUCAGACACCUCAGGGCGUUUCUGUCAGAUCCUCACUGCUCUGGUGCAGGGAGCCAGAGAGGAUGGUCCAGCAGACCUGGACAGAGCUUUGGUGGAUGCCCAGGAACUGGCCAAUGCAUGUAACGAGGACUCGGACGAAAUGGAGAUUAAGUUCAUGAGUAUACUCUGUACCAGGAGCUUCCCGCAUCUUAGGAAAGUGUUCCAAGAGUUUGUCCGAUGCAGCAAUAAGGACAUUGAGCAGAUCAUCAAGAAGGAGAUGUCUGGGGACUUGAAACAGGCCAUGUAUGGAAUAGUCUGCAGUGUGAAGAAUCAGCCUAAUUACUUGGCUAAUCGCCUGUACAAAGCCAUGAAGGGUAUUGGCACAGACGACAGGGCUCUCAUCCGCAUCAUGGUGUCUCGCAGUGAAAUUGACCUUUUCAAUAUACGCAAAGAGUUCAAAGAGACACAUGACUGCUCUCUCCAUGAAUUCAUCCAGGUAGAAACCAUGGUUGGUGACACGUCAGGGGACUACCGUAAGACAUUGCUGAUGCUGUGCGGAGGAGAAGACUAGAACCAGAACCACAGAGUAGGCUUUCAGAACAUCUCAGAAGGCUCUAAACCCCUCUGGAACACCAACAGAGCUUCUGGAACCCUCAAGAGUCUAGAACACAAAAUGAAGCUGUCAAUCUGCUGGUCAACUGUGCUGCGCAUACAUCCCCAUUGAAAAGUGGGAAUAGUUAGUCCACGCUUUGUCCCUCACAGCUACCGUUUCUCCUCUGCCAAAGUGACCCAUGACCUCAGCAGUAUCCACACAACAGUAUCCCUGUUGCAAUACUUCCUUGAAGUAAUCACAGAUUUCAAUCAGUUGAAUUGACUCAUUGGGCAGUAACCUUGACACGCUCCAUAACUACCCAUAAUGUGCUUCCUUCAAAGUGAAGAAUGCAAGUUGAGUUUCUGGAACAGAAAUUGUUCUAUUGGUACAGGUCACACAGCUAUGUGCAUCCACCACCUCUGAGCUGUGUUAACUAUAGCUUGUUUUCCUCUUGUCAAACAUAAUUAUUGUAAUUUUUUUUACAGGAACCCUGUUGUAUUUUAUUUACAGCGGGUGUGAGAUGGGCAUCUAAUCUACAACGUGUCUAACUGUCAACCUCCCAGGGAUGUUACUUGUAUCGUGCUGUUACAAUUGAAUAGAUCAUUCAUACUUCUAAUUCAGGAUUUUCGGUUGUGUCUCUUUAAAUAAAAGGAAUGCACUGUUA